AGGGAACAGACUCCUACUCUACCGUGUUUCCACACGGAUUAUUUGCUACGUCGUGCCACAUUUACACGUGCAGUUAUUUUUUGUUGUUUAUUGAAAUUUGGUCAGGUAUCAGUCGCAGUUUUAACAACGAAAUAAUCUUACGGCAUACGUCUGGCAUUGUUAUUACGGAUAUCAUAUGUCUAUGUUAAGAAUAAAUACUGACAGUGGUUGUUGAUUUGACACAUUUGAGCACUCAUGGCGUCCUCAGCUCUCCAGAAUGACUCCGACGACGAGGACUUCGGAGAAGCCUUCAAGCGCUACAAAUACAAAAAUGCCUUCAAGGAGGACGAAUGGGAACAGGAGUUUGACAAAAUUCCCAUGUUCAUGAAAACAGCCCCAGAAGAGAUUGACCCCAAAGAAUAUCCAGAGUUAGCUUGCCUCCAGGCUAUUAUCCACGAUGAAGACAGAAGUCCAGAAGAACAAGCGAAGAGUUUAAAGGAUGAAGGAAAUGCUUUUUUCAAAGAGAAGAACUACCUAAAGGCUAUUGUGGCAUACACGGCUGCUUUAAAGAGGAAUUGUGGUGACCAAGAGCUAGAUACGGUUCUUCUCACCAACCGAGCGGCAGCACACUUUCAUAUCGGCAACAUGCGCUCUGCACUGAAUGACGCUACAGCUGCAAAGAAGAUCAAGCCAAAGCAUCUUAAGGCCUUGAUUAGAGGUGCUCAGUGUUGCAUUGAACUGCAUAACUUUGUGGCAGCCAUUCAGUGGUGUGAAGAUGGGCUUAAUGCUCAUCCUUCGGACAAGAAGUUGCAGGAGCUGAGAGCUGCAGCAGACAAACAAAAGAGAGCAGCAGAUAGAGAUUCCAGAAAGGCGAUGGUCAAAGAAAAGAAGUUACAUAAUGAGAAAGAGGCUCUCAUGGCUGCUAUAAAGGAACGGGGCAUCAAACUCCGACAAUCUGCAAAGCCUCGUCAGUCUGGUUCGGAUGAAGACAAGGAAACUUCAGACACGUUAGCCAACUUGAGUCUGGACGGUCUCAACUCACAUGAGGCAACAGGGGCUCAAGUCUUCCUGGACGAGCACGGCUCCCUGCACUGGCCUGUACUGUUUCUUUAUCCUGAACAUCAGCAGAGUGAUUUCAUCUCGGCUUUCAGUGAAAGCAGCAGUUUUUCAGAGCACUUUGCUGUCAUGUUUGGGGAAGAACUUCCACCUUGGGAUGUUGACAGAAAAUAUCACCUGCAGAAUUUGCAGGUGUUCUUUGAGGAUGAGGAGACAGAGGUGCUCUACAAACUUAACCCAGACACAACACUUUUGUGUGUGUUACAACAUAAAAGGUUUUUUGUCAAGGCGGGCACACCCAACUUCAUCAUUUUGGUGAAUGGCUCAUCAUUCCGCAAGCAAUAUUUAACAGGGAGGAAAAUACGCACUUUGUGAAUUUAACCAUAUGAUGAACAUUUUUAAUCAGACCAGUCACAGUUUUUAAAUUAAUUAUGAAUCAUGAUUGUUCAUUCAUCAUCAUAUUCAUUUGCAUUUGUUUUUUAACAGCUCCAAAAUAACACAGCUCAAACAUACUACUCACCAUAAUAUACAUUUUGGACUUAAAGUCUUGUUUUCCGUUUUGUUUAAUGUCCUUUCAUGCUUUUAUUUUGUAUUGACCAUUUUCUCUUUUAGACCAUUGGCAGCAAAUUUGCUCUGCACUGGUGAUGACACAGCUGCAUGGAAUUAGUCAUCAACGCUAUUUAAAUUGAGCUGAGGCGUUUCCUAAUUACUAGGAAUGUGUACCGAAAAGUAGGUUGGGAAAUGGCAUCGGUGGCAGCGUGCACACACGGUAGUAACAGGACUGAAAAAUGAAAUAACUAUCGAUGCUAAAACCAAGACACAAAGUCUGAUGCUUUUUUUAAAUGUUACUGUCCCUCUUAACAACAGCGGUCAUCAGAUCCACCACCGCACAUCACAUUACACCACACCGCUCAUCACAACAACACAUUUCCUUAUACACCAAUCACGGUUUAGGUGAACAAGUUGAAUUACAAACAUCGUAAUUGUUGACUUCAACAUCUUUAACAAGUGUGAUGAGGGUUUAGUUAGACAAUGAUGAGCAGACUCAAUGUGACGAAAAGACGGCAGGCAGGAAGUCGACCGUUUUAUCUGAACAUAGCCUCGUCUCUCUUCAAAACAUAAAGAGCUCUAUAGACCCCACAGCACACUCCCGGCCUUCAUAAUAAAAUCCUGUCUGACAAAAGGGAUUCGGUGGAAAUAGCUUACAUAAGAAUUUUUUUGCACAUUCACUGUGAUAAUCAUUACAAUAUGUGGCGUUUUGUAUUCUAUUUGUUGAAUUUAUUAACAUUAUUUAAGUAUUAAAAUUACAAUUCAUUUUCAACAUGCGUUACCACAAAAUAUUUUAAAAUAAAAACCCGUGAUUACAUUUGUUUUUGGUAUCAGUUCUGGCUUCGUUUCUGAAGUACCGAUUUGGUUCUAAUAUCUGUAUUAAUGUAAAGGAUACCCAUCCGUACUGAUCGCUGGAUAGUUAUGUGUCUUUGCUCUGCUAUGUAAACCAUGUUGACUUUUCUGUUCUCGAUUGUUUUACCGUAACUUUUGGUGGAUGCCUCCUGUUUCAUCCUCCUAUUUUUUUUCUCGGUUGACACCUCAUUAUGCACCUUAAUUUAAGUUUCCACUGGGCGUUAAUUGUGCUUUCAUGUUUUUGUUAAUGCAUUUAUGUUUGUAGUGAGCUUGCUUUUAGAUUUUGUAAAGAUUCUUUGACUGCACCUGCAAAAAUGUAAUCGCAGUCUGGCGCAAUGCCCGGAAAUAGCACGCUAACGUGAUACCUUUUGUUUUGGUGAAACUGAAAGUCUUUGCAAAUCAGUUUUUGUUUGACUGAUUUGUCAUUGUUCUGUUUGUAAUGAAAAUCAUCUAUAUCCUUUGUACCUGUAUGCAAUACUUUGGCCAAUCAUAACAGGUGUGGUGUGGCGUGUCAUAAUGUGCAUGCGAUAAAAUGUCCAAAAAUAUAAUGUUUAAAUUUACAGCUUUUUUUUUUUUGAUAGUCUUCAUUUUUUAGAAACAUUUGAAUAACCUAAAAAACAGUAGUCUAGUCUAGACUAGUCAGGGUCUCAGCAGCAAGUCCAAGCUUAAGACAUUUUAAGACUUAACACCAAAAUGAACAACAUUUAAGAACCUUUUUAGAUUCAUACUGGCUACAAUGUACAAGAACAGGAAGGAAAAAAGUGUAUUUCCGAUACAACAAGAGGAAUAAAUGCAAAUUCUAA